AUGUCUGCUGAGACGGGAGGGAGGGGUGCUGGCGGUGGCGUAGAGGACUUCGCGUGGGAGACGUCCAAGGAGAACGUUAUGCCCCUCAAGAGAGGCCGCAAGGUGGACGCCAUCCACAACGCCUACGAGAGCAGCGGCAGCGGCGCCGGGGGCGGCUUGGGGUGUUCAUCUUCUGCGCGCGUGUUGGCUGACUUGAAAAGACACUUCGAGCCUCUAAUCGCUGACACCGAAUCGGAGACAGGGGGCCCACAAAACGAUAAUAAGGGCGAUGGGGGUGGGGGGGGGGGGGAGGAGGAGGACAAGCUCGCGAUCUGGUGGCAGUACAUCCAGACUGUUCAGGAUAAGCUCCCCUCCGAUCAGCAGGAGCAAUUCGACCUCCUGGAGCGGUGCUCCAGGAAGUUCAAGGACGACCCGCGGUACAAGGACGACAUCCGCUAUCUCCGGGUGUGGACUGCCUACGCGACACACCUUUCGAACGCGGAAGAUCUCUUCAAGUUCCUGUACAAGAAGGGGAUCGGUGGCAAGCACGCACAUUUCUGGGUGGGCUGGGCACUGUACGCGGAAAAUGCGGGGAAUUAUCCCAUGGCUGAGAAGCUGUACGUUAAGGGCAUCGAGCACCGUAGGGCAGAGCCGUUGGACGUGCUCAAGAAGAGGCAGGCUCACUUCAUGCGCCGCAUGCGUCGGCACUGGAUCAACAGCCAGAUCGAGGAGGGCACAACGGAGGACCAAGCGAGGGAGCUUCCGGGGGACGAGGAGGCUCGCAGGGGUAUCCUACGGUCCCUUUCGGUCACGGCUACAGAGCGCAACCGGCGCGAACAGGCCGCGGCGGCGGCAGCGCGAGGAGGCCCGAACGAUGAGAAUCGAGGGGCCGUUACGGGGGCAUCCGCGUCCCGCAGGGGGGGGCGGCGGCUGGGACAGAGGCCUUCUGCCGACACCGGGGGCGGGGGCGGCGGCAGGGGGAGUCGGGGAGGGAGGGGCGCCAGUAGUAACGCGUCUUCUGCUCGGCUUGGAUUCGCCGUUUUCGUGGAGGAAGAGUUCACGGCCGGGCCGGAGGCGGCGGCGGCGGCGGCGAGAGCACGGCGGGCGGCCGGAGGAGGCAUCCUCGACGACUCGUUUCAAGACGAUGGAGGAGGCCGUUCAUCAUCUUCUUCAGCAGCAUCGUCUUCUUCAGCAGCGUGGGCGGACUACGGUACUCGUGCUUCGCGUCAGAAGGAGAACACAGCCAACCCCAGCAGGUGGACUGAUGGUGCCUUAGGAGACCGUCCCGGAGCCGCGGCCCCCGCCCCUACCCGGCGGGGUGAGGGAGUGAGGGCAGCGGCACCGUUCCCUAUCUACAUUGACGAGCAAUUCGUGGAGAAGGAGGAGCAUGCUAACCCUGCUGCCACCGCCCCCCACAACCCCGGUCCAUCGGCGAAACGCCCGCCGCCCGGGGGAGGAUUAUCGGUAAGGCGUCAGCUUGAUCCCAAGGUUGGGGGGUCCGGGGGCUCCGCAGCAUCAGCGGCGGUGGGGGGGGUGGGGCGUAAGGAGCUCCUGGCGAAAGACCCGCUGUUCUUUGUGAAGAACGAUAAAGCCGCAAACGCGGACGAGCGACGGCUUGCGAGGUCCAACCAGGAGCUGUUGGCCUCUGACCGGGGAGAGAACGAGGGAGAGAAGGAGGAACACGAUGAGCAGGUGGAAGAGGCCCGCGCCAGGUUUGUUGCCGAGCAGCAACAAGAACCCCAUGCCGCCCAAACACAAGCCUCCUCCCCGACGGCUGUGGAGAUGGACAUCUGUCCUACCGACUCGGACAACGACGAUGACGACGAUGACGGUAGAGGCGACGGCGUGAGAGCGGCUUCCCGUACCGGCAAGCUAGCGGAGGGGACGGGCGGUGCCGGCGGUAGCGGCGGUGGGGGCGGUGGGGGCGGUGGGACCGGUUCUGGUGGUGGGGUCGUCGGCGGGAGCGGCUUUAGGCAGCCGGUGUUCGGAGGAGAUGACGACAAUAACGACAACGCUGCUGCAGGGUUAAGGAGGCGGUUGUCUCCACCGCCGAGGUCGUCGUCGUCGCCGUCGAUGCCGGCGGCGGCGGCGGCGGCGGCGGCGGCGGCGGCAGGGGGUGUCGCUGACGAUUGUCGCAGGAACGGCGCCGCUGGGGGCCGCGCGGAAGGGAACGGCGAGCCGAAGCGAGAGGACGGCGGCGGCGGCAGGAGGAGGAAGUUCCGCCAGCCUGUUUUCGGCGGUGACGGGGACGACCACCACCAUCCCAUUGCGUCUAAUGCUGACGCUAGCGCUGACUCUGCCGCCGCCGCCGCUUUCCCCCCCGGGUGCUCCGGUCGGUCGGCGGCAGCGGCCUUUGUCGGGGACGGCGGCGGCGGUGGCGGCGGCGAGAAGAUCACCGCGCCACCGGAGCCGGGGUCAGACGAGAACACCGCCCCCGCAUCAGCAGCAGCAGCGGCACCCGCGGCCGCCGCCGCCGCCGCUCGACCACCACUGGCUGGCGUUCUCCGGGAGGCCGGUGCUCCCCCCGGCGUUGGCGGCGGUGGCGGUGAGGACGGAAGGCGUUUCUACGGCGUGGAUGGUGAUGAUGUUCCGAGGGGCGAUCCUGCUGGUCCCGCAAAUCCCGGCCAUGGCGGUGCCGGCGGCGGGUCGGAGAACAAGGAUGGUGUAGUCGGCGGCGGCGGAAGCCUUAGCAAUACCUCCGUGAUGUUCGUCAAUCCGCGAGAGGCGGAGUGCGGAGGAGGAGGGGCGGCGGCGGCGGCGGCGGCGGUGGAAGAGUCUGCCGACGCGAGGGGCGGCUUGCAGAGGAGGCUAACGUUCGGUCACGCGGGGGCGGCGGCGGCGGUGCCGUCCGUCAGAGGGGAGGGGAAGCCUGCUGUUGUCGCUGCUGGUGGGGGCGGUGGAGCCACCGCGAAGGAGGCAAAGGACGGAGAGGAGGAAGACAUGACGAUCAACACCAAGCUCGUGUGGGAAGAGUUUUCGGCGUGGUUCGGCGAAGACGACGAAGAAGAAGGGGAAGACGCGGAUGGCGCGUUCGGGGAGGAGGGGGGGAUGAUGCUGCGACAAGAGCAAGGGUCUAACAAGCGCUGUUUUCGUAGACCCGGAUGGCUCCCUCGGCAAGGCCGCCCUUCAGGAGCGUGA